AUGUACGCAGCUAUAUGCAAGACUCGAAAAGCGAAUGUUGGAUUUACCGAUGAAGAUGGAAAUCCAACGUAUGAGUCUAUAGAUCCCGAAAAUGACUCGUUAAUCGACCCUCUCUAUUCAAAGUUAGGUGAAGUGUCCUGUAGUCGUCCAGAGAGGAAAUAUGACUAUCCGGUUUUCUCUGGAAGGAAAACUGCAGUAGCUCCACUGGCUGAUGAUGGCUUUGUUUACCAGAAUGCAUCACAAAUUUACACCAUUUGCGGAAGCGAAGAUCCUUACAGUUCAAUAACUUCUGAACCUCCACGUCCCAGUGCUUUUGUGGAUCGGGAAGGAUGUAGCACCAGUAGUCACAAUGCAGGGUAUGCUAAAAUAAGACAGGAAGAUUUAAAUGCUGCUUGGCGGAGGGAGCGCCUGGAACAGACCGAAAUGGAGGUAGACCAGCUUUACUCAAAGAUCCGUCGUUCUUCUUUGCUGAAUGGUGACGAUAGCGCUUCUACUGCGGGACCGUCUCAUGUGACUGUAGAAGACAAGAUGGGAGAAAUUAUUGUUCCUGUGAUCUCACCUCACUCUAUAAAGAACGUCGAUGCAGAAUCUCUGUCAAGUCGUGAACCAUCCUAUAGAUACAUCACUGUACGUGAGAACGCAGACGUGGUUCGCGAGAGGUUGCGGCUCCAAGGACAACUUGCGCCACCAGCUAGAGAGCACUAUUAUUCUGUUAUUGGAAACGAAUAUGAGACUGUUGGUGAUGCACCAAGCACUAGUUCGUAUAGUGCGGUUGUCAUGCCAGGAGCGCAUGAUAUGCUAAACGUCACUACCACAUUCUCUGAAUUUGCACCGCCACCGCCAACGUCACCAAUUCCUGACAGAAUAUCUUGUGAAAUAGAAUCUCCUAGUAAUGUGCAGCAACCAUCUCAAGCAAACACAUUGGUAUCGGAUCCUGACCUGAACGUCACUUCAUCAUCUGUUCCACUCGAUCACAAAGGUCCUAGUCUGAUCCAAUCCACGGCAUUUCAAGAAAAAGCGAAAGCAAGGGAAGGGGGUCGACCCCACUCUCAGGGCGUGAACCAACCGCGAAGUGCAGAAUCCGGUUCAGCAGGACAAUUAGUACGCUUUGCAUGGUCACAUUGA